GCGCACAGGAUGGCCAUCCGAGGACCUGAUGGAAGGGUGAUCAAGGAGCGUCUACGUAGUGUGCAGGUUGGAGAAGAUGCUUACUUCUUACGGCCUGACGCUUUGGGCGUUGCUGAUGGUGUAGGCGGAUGGGCUUCACGGCCAGGUGCGGAUCCAGCUCUGUUUUCGAGAUUGUUGAUGCACUUUUGCGCCGUUGAACUUUCACGUUAUGAUGGAUUGACAUGGGCAUCCGUUGAUGCUGUUGAAGUGAUGCAUCGAGCAUGGGAGAGGUGUGUGAGAGCUUCAAGAAGGGAAGGAAUACUGGGCUCUUCGACUGCAUUGAUUGGUAUUUUGAGAGGAGAAGAAUUACGUAUUGCUAAUAUGGGAGAUUGUGUCUUGAUGAUCAUUCGUGGAGGUGAGAUGAUGUUCCGUAGUACAGAACAACAACACAGUUUCAACUUCCCUGUUCAACUUGGAAUGAUGGGCGAUACGACGGAUACGAUCAAGAAGCACCCUGAUUGGGACGAACCUAGAAGGGAUGCAGGUAGAUGGACAGUCCGCGUGAAAGCAGGCGAUAUCAUCGUUGUUGGUUCGGACGGAUUGAUGGACAAUUUGUUCGACGAAGAUAUCAUUGAAGAGAUUGAUGCAAGUAAUUUCUCCCCUCAAAUGGUAUCGGAAGCUCUCUGUAGUCGUGCGAAAGCUGUAUCUGAAGACAGUCGUGCGAUCAGCAGUCCUUUCCAACAACGUGCAAUGGAAGAAGGUUUGAAUUACGUUGGUGGAAAGCACGAUGAUAUUUCCGUUUUGGUUUGUCUUGUUGGUGAAAGGGAUGGAUUGGUUUUUGAAACAGAAGGCGAACAAAAGGAUGAACAACAAGCACAAGAAGAAGUCAAAGCAGAGAAAGCACAAAGAUGAAGAAGCAAAACGAAAAAUUACGCUUAAAUUAUAAAAUUAUGUGAUUGCCUUGCACUAUUUAUUCAGCAGAGAUUCUAACGAAAAGAUAUCUCUCUAGAUGUACACUUUAUAACGCCUUUUUUCGAAUUACGGAUGUACAAUAGAUGGCGCUUAAUAUAUUUCCUAUUGAGCAAAUGCGAG